GAUAUAAAUACCGGAAUUAGAAGAGUUCACCGUCUUUCUUAAAAGAAUAGACGAACUCUUCUUUUCAAUUUGUUUAGGAAUUACGAAAUGACUCUCUACUUUAAGCUGGAAAUUAUACAUGGCUUACAUGGAUUGAGUCUAGCUGUUUCAUCACUCUCAUGACAUGCGCCAAGUAGGCAAGUACUUUAAAUUUUGUGAAGUAAGUUACAACUUGUAUAUUUAGUGUGUGCGCAGUUAUAAUUUGGCAGGGGAUUAAUUACUCAUCUAGGCUGUUACUAUUUUUUCUUAAAUACUACCGCAUAGAAUUAACUUUUCAAACCCUCAUUGUCUUUACUUUCUUCAUUCCCUCACAUCUCCAUAGAUCUUCUCCAAUGAAAGAAGGAACCCUUGAAGUUGUAGUUGUUAGUGCUGCAGGCAUAAGACACACCAAUGUCAUCGGAAGGCCAGCCUACUAUGUCAUCAUUCAAUGCGGAACUCAAGUGAAAAGAACCAAAACUUCAAAACGCAAACACAAAGAAAUUUGCUGGAAUGAAAAAUUCACAUUCCAUUUUGCAUCUUCAGAGUGGAAAAACUUGACCCACGUUAAAUUUAGAAUAAUGGACAAGGAGUAUUUCAGUGCUGGCGGCUUUGUUGGAGAGACAAUACUAUAUGUCCAGGGGAUGAUCACAGAAGCAAAUGACAAGGAUUUUCUGGAAAUAAGACCAACACGCUACAAUGUAGUGCUUGAAGACGACACCUACAAAGGAGAGAUAAGGAUAGGGCUGAAAUUCAUACCUAAUAAAGAAGCUUAUACAGAGAGAACAACAGUUGUGGAUGAGGAGCAGGGAAUAGGACUCCCAAUUUGCAGAGCUAUCAUGAAUUUCUGGAGAAGCCCAUGGUGGACGACCUGGAGGUUCCUCUUUCCAUGUGAUAAGCAAAAGCAGGUUUAGGAGGCAAUUGAUGUGUGAUAUUUAUAGAUAUAUAUACUUCACUAAUGGCUGUCCAUUGCUUUUCUAAGGGUUUGCAUUAUGUGCUAAUAAGUAUGCUUGUGAUGGUGUAUGUAAUUUCUUACAAAGAAAGGAAGUGCUUGAAC